AUGAGAGAAUACAUGAAUCUGGUACAGACAGCUGAUAAACACAUGAAAGAUCGUUCUCUGUUAAUCAACCGUGAGGAGUUUGCACAGGGUUACAUCUUGUUUGCCUUUGACCUGUCUCCCGACCAGGAACGCGCUGAUCACUGUUCCCUGAUGAAAACUGGGAACCUGAGAGCAGAAAUAGGUUUGGGGAUGGCUUUAACCAUCACCAUCACUAUGAUCGUGUAUGGGGUUUUUGACAACGUCAUUGUUAUCAUGUCUCUCAUCAGCCAUCUUGUCUCUGGACAAAAUAUGCCCAGUUCUUUCAACCUUUCCCCAGAUAUCUGCAGCUCCAAGGCCACUUGUAUCAACACCAUCGGGAGCUACCGGUGUAAGUGCUGGGCCGGCUACGUCCUCUCCACCAGGAACUCAACCAUGUGCGAAGAAUCCUCAGGCAUGGCAGAGAUUACCCCCUCCUCGAAAUCCACCGUCAGGGGUGGGGUAAAGGCGGCGGCCCCACCUAGAAUUGCAUGCAGCUCAAACAUGACUCUCCGUUUCAAUGCCCUCCUGAACAGCACCUCCCUCUGGGACAGCAGACACGGACAGGGGUCGGCCGUGACCGUCCUGCUGCAGAGCGUGGAACUGGCUGCACUGGCCACUGCUCUCCGGUCUCUGGAGAGGACAACACAGAAUGUGACGACAGAGUCUCUGGCUAUCCAGAAGUGGCUCGUCACAGGGAACUGCAGCCAGCACAGCGAAGUCUUCAAGCUGAGAGCUCACGAGGAGACGAUGGACGUGCACUGUGAUGCAGUCACUGGGGUAGCCACACAAGCAGGUUUGGAGACUGCUGCUUUUAUUUCCUACUCCAUCCUGGACUCCAUCAUCAGUGCAAGACGUCUCAGCGAGGGAAAUCAACCAGGUGGUGGGAAGCUGGAGAAGAGUCACCUCAACUCCAGGGUGGUGAGUGGGGCCGUCGGAGACGGGAGACCCAUUCCCCUCUCCAGAUUCGCAGACUUCACCCUGUGCCACAGACAGGCCAAAAAAGAGGAGGAAGAGGCUCUCUGCAUCUACUGGAAAGUAGUGGCCGAGAGCGGCAGCUGGUCUCCGGAUGGCUGCACCGCCGUGCACAGGAACAGCACUCACACCACCUGCAGCUGUGACCAUCUCUCCAGCUUCGCCGUCCUAAUGGCUCCCAUCGCAGUGACGGAGAGUUCCCCACUGACCAUCAUCACCUACGUGGGACUGACCCUCUCCCUGCUGUGCCUCUUCCUUGCCAUCCUCACCUUCCUCCUGUGCCGCUCCAUCCGCAACGUCAGCACCUCCCUCCACCUGCAGCUUUGCCUCUGCCUCUUCCUGGCCGACCUGCUCUUCCUCACCCAGGUGACCCGCAUCCGCACUCAGGUGGCGUGUGCUGUCAUUGCUGGCCUCCUACACAACCUCUUCCUGGCCUGCUUCACCUGGAUGUUCCUGGAGGGGCUGCACCUCUUCCUCACCGUCAAGAAGCUGAAGGUCGUGAAUUACACCAGCGCCAGCCGGUUCAAGAAGAGAUUCAUGUACCCGUUCGGCUAUGGAUUCCCAGCCCUGGUGGUGGCUAUUUCUGCAGGGGUGAAUCCUGAAGGCUACGAAACUUCCACACACUGCUGGCUCAGCCUGGAGAGAGGCUUUCAUUGGAGCUUCCUGGGUCCAGUCUGUGCCAUAAUCCUGAUAAAUAUAAUGUUCUUUGUGCUGACCCUGUGGAUCCUGAGAAACAGACUCUUCUCCCUCAAUGCAGAUGUGUCCACUGUCAGAGACCACAGGUUACUGACCUUUAAAGCCAUCACCCAACUCUUCCUUCUGGGCUGCACAUGGAGCCUUGGUCUCCUCCAAGUCGGCCCAGCAGCCAUGGUCAUGGCCUAUUUAUUCACCAUCGUCAGCAGCCUGCAGGGAGCCUUCAUCUUCCUGGUGCACUGUCUGCUCAAUGGCCAGAUACCCUGCCGGUAUAGUGAGCUGGCAAAGGAGGACAUGGAGGCUGCCGAUGUGAAGACCCAGAAGCUCCUCACAAUGCAUGGAGGUUUCCACCCCAAGUCCAACACCCAGAGACUGUAUACCAGCCAGAAAGAAGGCGGGCGGGGCUUGGUGAGCGUCAAAGCCACUGUCCUGGACGAAACCCGAAGCAUCCAGGAGUACAUCAGUAAGAGGCCCCUAAAGAUGAGCUGCUGA